AUGGCGAAGAUUCAGGCAGCCUCUCUCUCAAACCGCACCAUCAAACGGCCGCGCAAAAGGAAAGCCCAGGAUGAAACGCCGGCCGAGGAGGAGCAGCCCGUGGAAGCAGUCGAGACUUCGGCAGAGGCCGCCUCCGCAUCGUCCGCUGCAACCACGACCAUUCCGACCAAGGCUCAUGAUGGCGGGAAGAAGCCGCGACGCACCAAGAAAUCCGACUCCAAUCCCACGCUGCGUAAGAAAACCUCUUCCAGCUUCGUCGAGUCCUCGAUACCAUGGCCGGAGCACUUCACCAAGCUCCAACAGGUUUAUCGUGCCAUGAAUCUGGUUUACACUUUUUGUUGCACCCGCAAACACUUUGCCACCACUCUGGACAACAUCAAAACCACUGUCGAAGGCCACAUCAAACGAGAACUGUUGAUCGGUGACGUCGCCCAACUCAAAGCACUUAUACCAUCAGCAAUCAACUUCGCUUACGUUGAUGAAGCCAUGCUCCAGGUCAACCUAAUGGGCUCAGAGGAUAAUAUGGCUGGCAGACGGGCAAAUGAAUUCCGUCUUGCUGACUUAGAGGACAGAGGAAAUGAAGAGAAGGAGAAGAGUGAAGUCCUACUUUUCGAGUUUACCGACGGAGAUCUCAAGCGCCAGGUUCAGCACAAGAAGACCGGAGAGCCGACCAAAGUCACCCAGCCGCUUCGUAGAGAGGACUUGAAGAUGCCUGUCUACAGUCAAAAGCAAAUGCUGAAUCUGAUCGAGAAGCGUAAUGCGAAAUUCACCUCCGCCGUCAAUCAGUGGCUCAACGACUGCGCCGAACUGGACCAGGACCCUGUGCAGAAACUUAUGGACGAAUACCUUGUAUAUAUCCCGACGCCAUCAGAAAGCCGGGCAAACACUCCAGGACCAAGCGGCCGAACAAGUAAUUUACCAUCAACAAUCCCCUCAGAGCGGAAGCCUAUCCCGGAGAUCGUAGACGAGAUCAAGAGACUAGAAUGGUACACGGGCCAGAUAGUCCCAGACGGCCACAGAGUAUUCGAUCCGCAAGAAGCUAUUUACGGAGAUCUGAACUUUCGGCUCUCUCAGAACCUGGUCAACGCUCUAUACAACACACGUAACAUUGAACGGCUUUACGCGCACCAAGCCGAAGCUAUUAAUAAUUUACACGAUGGCCACAAUGUCAUCGUAUCAACCUCGACGAGCUCAGGCAAAUCCUUAAUUUACCAGAUUCCAGUGCUUCACGAACUGGAAAAUGACCACAACACAAGAGCAAUGUACAUUUUCCCGACCAAAGCCCUGGCUCAGGACCAGCGACGAAGCUUGAAAGAGCUGCUGCAUUUCAUGGAUGGUCUGCAAGACAUUGUUGUCGAAACUUUCGAUGGAGACACCCCCUUCACCUCCCGCAACUACAUUCGCGAUGAGGCACGCAUCAUUUUCACAAAUCCGGAUAUGCUCCACAUUACCAUUCUUCCUCAAGAGGAAAGCUGGAGGACAUUUCUUCAAAACCUCAAAUUUGUCGUCGUCGAUGAAUUGCACGUCUACAACGGUCUAUUCGGUUCACAUGUCUCCUUUAUCAUGAGAAGGUUAAGGAGGAUAUGUGCAGCGUUGGGUAACCACAACGUCAAGUUCAUCUCCUGCUCUGCUACCGUAUCGAAUCCGGAGCAACACAUGAAGACCAUUUUCGGCGUCGAAGAGGUCAAGCUUACCGACUUCGAUGGCUCACCGUCAGGGAGAAAAGAGUUCAUUUGCUGGAACACGCCUUUCAAGGACCCAGGAGACCCUUCGUCCGGGAGAGGUGAUACUAUGGCUGAGGCUGCGAAGCUGUUCUGUCAACUGAUCCUGCGUGGUGUAAGAGUGAUUGCGUUCUGUCGCGUUCGAAAGCAAUGCGAAGGUCUGAUCAGUGCCGUCAAGACUGAGCUGAACAACCUCGAGAGACCAGAGGUCAUGAACAGGGUCAUGGCGUACCGCGGUGGCUAUACUCCGCAAGACCGAAGGCAGAUCGAGAGAGAGAUGUUCGAUGGUAAACUUGUUGGCAUUGUUGCCACCAACGCUUUGGAACUGGGUGUAGACAUCGGAUCACUCGAUGCUGUCGUCACCGUCGGCUUCCCAUACACCAUUGCCAACCUGAGGCAACAGAGCGGCCGUGCCGGCCGUAGGAACAAAGACUCGCUAUCUGUCCUUGUCGGGGACUGUUUCCCCACAGACCAGUAUUAUAUGCAAAAUCCGGACGAAAUCUUCACGAAACCAAACGCCGAGCUGCAAGUGGACCUGGAAAACAUGCUCUGCCUCGAAGGCCACAUCCAAUGCGCCGCACACGAGAUGCCGAUUCGCCCUGAAGAAGACUCCAAAUACUUCGGCCCCUUACUCACCACCAUCGCCCACGAGCGCAUGCGCGCCGACGACCUCGGCUUCUUCCACUGCAACGAGCGUUUCCUCCCACGACCCUCUACUCACGUAGCCAUCCGUGACACAGAAGAAGAGCACUUCGCCAUCAUCGAUACGACCAACAACCGCAACACCGUGCUCGAAGAGCUCGAAGCCUCACGGGCCUUCUUCACCAUCUACGAGGGCGGCAUCUUCCUGCACCAGGGCAACAGCUACCUGGUCAAGGAGUUCUCGCCGGAUAGCAUGCUAGCCAAAGUCGAGCUGGUCAAGGUCGACUGGACAACGCAGCAGCGCGACUUCACCGACGUCGACCCGAUCGAGACGGAAGCGAUCCGGCGCAUCGCGGGCAGCCCGUCGCGCGCCUUCUGCGGGCCGAUCCGCAUCAAGCAGGUCGUCUUCGGCUUCUUCAAGGUCGACCGCAAGCGCCGCAUCCUCGACGCCGUCGCCGUCGACAACCCGCCCAUCGUCCUGCGCAGCCGCGGCAUGUGGCUCGACGUCCCCAAGCGCGCGCUGGACAUCAUGAAGCAGCGCCGCUUGCACGUCGGCGGCGCCAUUCACGCUGCUGAGCACGCCAUCAUGAGCCUCAUGCCGAAUUUUGUUAUCAGCCUGCCCGGCGAUGUGCGGACUGAGUGCAAGAACGCGUUCAAGGAGUUUGCCACGAAGGAGACGAGCAGGAAGCGCCCCGCCAGGCUCACGUUUUAUGAUGCCAAGGGUGGCGCGAGCGGCGCGGGGAUCGCGACCAAGGCUUUUGAGUUUGUGGAUUUAUUGCUGAGGCAGGCGUGUGAGCGGGUGGCGCAGUGCCAUUGCUUGGAUGGGUGUUUGGAGUGUUGUUGCGACGAGAGGUGUAAGGAGGCGAACUUGGUGAUGAGUAAGGCGGGAGCGGAGGUCAUUUUGAAGAGUCUACUCAAUUGGGAGAUUGACGUGGAAAGUUUGCCCAUGGGUCCUGAGGAGGGGAGGGAGGUAGGUGUUGAGACGGUGGUGGAGGCGACCGAGGUGCGACCUGCGAGAGGGAAGAGGGUGGAAGUUUUGGAGGUGAAAAGGGAAGGUGGGAAAACCGAAAAGGUCAUUGUGGAGGAGGUUGGAGAUGAGGGGGGAGAAGGCCGUGAAGGCCGUGAAAGUCGUGGAGGAGGUGAGGAAGUGAUGGUGGAAAGUGCUGCAGUGAACGUCGAGGAUGGAGAGUAA